AUGGUGGUCUGCAAGUUCUACGAGCAGGGGAACUGCAGGUAUGGACAGAAUUGCCGAUUCGAGCACCCCCGGUCGCAGUCGAACAACCGCUUCGCAGCCUUUGGUCAAAACACGGGGGGAGGUUUCAAUCGCGGCGGCAACGAUGCUCUCCCAUAUUCACUAGCAAAGGAGGCCAUUGAGAAGGAUCUGACAACGGAGGCGCCGCAAUGGAUCCUGUCCGCUUACGGCCCCGGCAGGGAUGCUCCGGAACAGCUCUUUGGAGGUAACCUGCGUGAGCAGAGUUUUGAGGAGAUGAGGCUCGUUCAUAUGAUGGCGGCAGCUUCUGGCAAUCCCCAGCAAGCGCUCAACCAAGCCCAAGAGCUGUACCAGCAAGCCCAGCAACAAAUGAAGACGGCGGUGGGCAAUCUCGACGGAGCUAUACAAUUCAUCAUUUCAGCCGAACAGACGCAUCCCAACAGGAUAGACCUUUGCAAGCAAGGUACCUUGCCAGGCGGGACCACAGGAGAGUUUGCCGUUGGAAAACGGGCGGCUUCUUCCCUAGGGCAGCAGAAUCCCUUUUCGUCAAACACACCCGCAGCAACUUCAAACCCGUUCUCCUCCAACAACCAGCAAACCUCGGCCUUCGGUGGUGGCGGGCUUUCCUCAGGAAGCGCCUUUGGCCAGCCAGCGGCCCUGGGCCAACGUCCGAAUCCCUUUGGCACGCCAGCGUUUGGUCAGACCUCGCAACCCUCGCAGCCGAGUUCAACGUUUGGCCAACCAUCAAAACCUACGUCAGCUUUUGGUGCCCCGAGUAGCUCAGCACCAGCCUUUGGCCAGACCUCGCAACCCACGUCUGCGUUUGGACAAGCCAGCGCGCUGGGAGGCGGAACAUCAGCUUUUGGCCAGGCUUCGGCGCUGGGACAGAAGCCGAACCCAUUCGGCGCGCCUGCAUUCGGGCAACCAGCACAACCAGCUACGGGAGGCGGCGGUAGUGCAUUUGGUCAGCCAUCACAGCUUGGCGGAGGUGGAAGCGCGUUCGGCCAAGCAAGUGCUCUAGGACAGAAGCCCAAUCCCUUUGGGGGAGCGGCGAGCGGAGCAAGCCCCUUUGCCAGCGCCGGCGGCAGUGGGAAUAUCACCAGUUCAUUUGGCCAAGCUUCGCAGAAUACCGCCAGCUCCAGUCCCUUUGCUCAGCCCGCGCAAAAUGCGACGCAGAAUGCCAACCCUUUUGGCGCCCCAGCCCAGCCUACUGCAAGCCCGUUUGGUCAGCCAGCACAGCCUGCGACAACAAGCGCAUUUGGACAAGCAUCCCAAACGGCGUCCUCGAAUCCCUUCGGCCAGCCUUCUCAGGCGCAACCGGCGGCGAGCAACCCCUUUGGUGCGAAACCUGAUGCACAGCCAAGCGCGUUCGGCCAGCCGUCGAUGGGUGCUCAACCCACACAAUCCGCGCAACCCGCAAGCGCUUUCGGCCAACCGGCCCAGCUUGGCCAGAAGCCGAAUCCUUUUGGACAAAACAACGCGUCACCGUUCAGUCAGCCGGCUGGCGGCCUUGGUGCGGGUGGAUCAGCACCAAACCCAUUCGGAAGUCAGACCGCUGCGCCAGCGGCGCCUGUCGCGCAACAAGCGGCGGCGCCUGGGAGCGGACCGUACCCGCCGGGGAGCUCGAGACAGCACCCGCCCGUGUCGAGCUAUAGCUCCAAGGGCAUGGACGGGCGACUGUCCAACUGGAAGGGCAAGCCCGUCACCUACCAGGGCAACUUGCCCGGCAUCCGGGCCUUCAACGGAGCGUGGACGAGGAUAUGGUUCCCCGACGGCCCACCAAAUUACUAUAAAGAUACGGAGCUACCCGACGAGUUGUAUGACGACAAGUCGAAACAGCAGUGGCAGGCGUUUACGCAGACGGGCAAGUUUGAGGGCCUGAUGCCCGAGGUGCCGCCCAAGAGAGAGUUUUGCCUUUGGGAUCUGUGA